GAGUGAGUGAAGGGGGGGAGGUUGUUCCUGGAAGAGCCAGCCUGGGGAGUUGGUCACAUUCUUGGCUGGGAUUCAAUGACUGAGGCAGACACCAACAAACAGAGAGAGAGAAAGGGGGUGGAGGGGAAGGGAGAGGAAAGGAGGGAGGGGAUAGACACACACACACUCACGGGGGAGGAGGUAGCUCAGGCACAGACAGACACAGGGCAUUAGCUAAGCAUUCAGGCAGAGUGCAUGGACAGGAGCACAGCUCUGCUCCUCCAGGAACUUAAUGUAACAACAUGAAGACCAACUCCUGAGAACGGAAAAAAGAACUGGAAAACAAAAAAAUUUCAUUUGACGUCAUCGUCCCAACUCUUUUUGGUUACAUUGGAUUCCUCCCCUCUCUCCCUGCUUGUGUAAUAUUCCUUUUACUGGCUAUGGACAAGGGCCACAUGUAGACAGGACACUUGGAGAGAGUUUGGGGAACAGACACUACUAUCGCCUGGUGGACAUGGAGCUCUUGUGAUUUUUUUUUUUCCUCCCCCUUCUUCCUUUUCCAUAUUGUGGAUCUGUCUUGUAAGUGGUUUUGAAGAAGAAUUCUGAGAUUUGUUACUUUGUAUCCCGGCUUUCUUCAGUGAUGGAGACUGUGAGCAGGAGCUUUCAGCCUCAUCCCGGGCUCCAGAAGACCUUGGAGCAGUUCCACCUGAGCUCCAUGAGCUCCUUGGGCGGCCCGGCUGCCUUCUCAGCGCGCUGGGCGCAGGAUAUGUAUCACAAGAAGGACAGUGGCAAGGAACCGGAGCCUGUCCUGCAGCUGCCGGUGCAGCCCCCGCCCGUCAUCCCAGGGGGACCCCUCUUUAUCCCGUCCGAUCGCUCUACGGAGAGAUGUGAGACCAUCCUGGAAGGGGAGACUAUCUCCUGCUUUGUGGUCGGCGGGGAGAAAAGGUUGUGUCUCCCACAGAUCCUCAACUCUGUGUUGAGGGACUUCAGUCUGCAGCAAAUCAACUCCGUGUGCGAUGAGCUGCAUGUCUACUGCUCCCGAUGCACGGCCGAUCAGCUGGAGAUCCUCAAAGUCAUGGGCAUCCUGCCUUUUUCUGCUCCCUCCUGCGGCCUCAUCACCAAGACGGAUGCCGAGCGACUCUGCAACGCACUGCUCUAUGGGGGCAGCUAUCCGCCACGCUGCAACAAGAAGGAUGGCGGGACUCUUGAGCUGGAAGUCACCGAGAAGAGCUUCAGGGUGUACCACGAGUGCUUCGGCAAAUGCAAGGGGCUCUUCGUGCCGGAGCUGUAUGCCAACCCCAGCGCCCCCUGCAUUCAGUGCCUGGACUGCCGCCUGCUCUAUGCACCGCACAAGUUUGUGGUGCACUCACACAAGGCACUGGAGAACCGGACGUGCCAUUGGGGCUUUGACUCUGCCAACUGGAGGGCAUACAUCCUCCUGGCACAGGACUACGGCAGCGACGAGGAGCAGGCCCGGCUCGGCCGGCUGCUGGACGAGAUGAAGGACAAGUUCGACUACAGCAACAAGUACAAGAGGAAAACAGCCAGGAUUUCUUCAGAACCACCACCCAAAAAGUCAAAAAUUGAUGAAUCUAUCAUCCACUCCCCUAGUUCAGCAGAAAAAGACAAAUCCUCAAGUUGGUUACGGAAUUUGUCAAACUCCAGCAAGAAUCCAGCAUAUAGUCAUCCUCGCCAGCGCCUGUCAGCUUUCCGGCCCUGGUCCCCUGCCAUUUCAGCAAAUGAGAAGGAAUUGCCUGCCCUAAUCAGAGAUGGUUUUUAUAGUUACAAGAGCUUUGAGCACUUGGUUGCCCCCAAUGUCGCUCUGGCACCCCCUGCCCCACAGAAAGUCAUCACAAGUCCGUUGUGUGCCCCGACUGUGCCAAGAAGCAUUCAGGCAUCGAAUAGUCCUGCACAGUCUCGAAAACGAAGGCCCACUGCAGAAAUGCCUCCAGCACCUGAGGCACCGGCCCCUCCCGUCCCAGCACGGGAAGAAGAGAAGGAGUCUGAAACGGAAAUCGAGGUGGAAAGUAGAGAAGAAUGUAAGUUUACCUCUUCGCUGUCUUCGCUCUCCUCUCCUUCCUUCACAUCCUCAAGCUCAGUCAAGGAGUUGAGUUCUCCGGGCAUGUUGGCCCCGACAAUAAUCAACCCUUCCUUUGAGGGGGCACAUCAUGGUGACUCUCACAGCAGUGGACUUGAGGCAGAAUUGGAGCACCUAAGGCAAGCCCUGGACAGUGGUCUUGAUUCCAAGGAAGCCAAAGAGAAGUUUCUUCAUGAAGUAGUAAAAAUGAGGGUGAAACAAGAAGAGAAACUAAAUGCUGCGUUGCAGGCCAAACGGAGUCUCCAGCAGGAGCUUGAGUUUCUCCGUGUUGCCAAGAAAGAGAAGUUGAGGGAAGCAACAGAGGCAAAACGCAACUUAAGAAAAGAAAUUGAACGUCUCCGAGCUGAAAAUGAGAAGAAAAUGAAGGAGGCUAAUGAAUCACGGUUACGCCUGAAGCGAGAGUUGGAACAAGCCAGACAAGUUAGAGUGUGCGACAAGGGCUGUGAAGCUGGCAGGAUACGGGCUAAAUACUCUGCUCAGAUAGAGGAACUGCAAGCAAAACUCCAGCACGCAGACAGUGAUAGAGAAAAACUUCGGACAGAUCUUGUACAGGAGCGAGAAGCCAGAGAACACUUGGAAAAAGUUGUCAAAGAUCUACAGGAACAACUUUGGGCCAAGCCCACCAAUCUUUCCAGCAGUGAACACACACGAAAAGACAUUGAGAACUGAUGCAAAUUACAUUAAAAAAAAAAUCCUUUUGAAGCAAAAAAGAAGAAAAAAAAAGAAAAAAAUAUCUAUUCAUAAACAAAAUUCUACGUAUAUGCACAGGAAGAGGAGGAGAUUGUCCGAUGUAUGCAUGAAUAGGUGCAUGUGUGAGUGUAUGGAGUGUGUGCAUUGAGCAUGCACUAAUAAAUAUGAACCUUUACAAGAGUGGAAAAAGAGAGAUCCUAUCCAACAGAAGCACUGAACUAUGCCUCGUUUGAUCCCACACAGCACAACAUCUUACUGUGCCUCAGACAGAGUGUUUAUAAAAGGAGCCGUUUAGGCUCAAAAAAAAUUUUUUUUUUUGUAUGUGUCAACUACAAGAUAACGCAGCAUUCAAGUCAAAGAUUUAAACAAAGCAAGCAUGAUCAGUCCUUUAAAAAAAAAAAAAAAAAAGAGAAAAAAAAAUCAUUCUUACGCUUGCCUGGAUCACUUUGAGAUUUACAUUUUCUUAUAAGCUAUUUAAUAUAAAAAAAAAAGUAUAUUAAAAUGAUGAGGACAUUGUAAAGACUCCAUAUUGAAACGGUGGGAAAAAUUUUUUGUAUAACAGAACUGAAACUUUGAUGCACAAUUUUAACUGACUUGUUACAGGCUUUUUGGGGGUUUAUUAUAAAAACAUCAGCCCUUCCUUGCUACUCCAGAAUCCACCCUUCCUCUCAACGCCAUAUUCAUGUCGACUGUGCAAUGUAUUGGUAGCAAGCCAUCAAUUCUGAACCCUUUGAAUUAGAGACUCUACUACAUUAGUGGCUUCUCCAACCAAUUUUGUUGCCUGGGAAUUAUCAAUAUGCUCCACCUUUGUUUUUUUUUUUUAUCCUUUUUUUUUAACCUAUAUAUAUAUAUAUAUAUAUAAAUAUAUGUACAUUUUUUAUUUUAUUUUUUUAUUUUAUUUCGCUGGGACAGGUUUAUCUGUGCACAUAUAUAGGAGAGGGUGAGAGGCAGGAAAAGAAAAAAACAACAAAUAAAAAAGGAAAUGGAACUGUUUAGCCGUAUUGACCAGUGUUUUUUAAAUCCCGCCAUAUUGGAAAGAGAUCUCUGGGUGUAUAAUGAACCUCAGGCCUCUUGACUAAUUGUUUAUAAAGUGAGGGAUCAGAUUGGAACAAAGAAUAUUGACAGACUGUUAAAAGGUUGUGAAAAGUACACCAAGUAUUUGGAAGUGUAUAUUAUCUAAUCUGUUUAAAAAAAAAAAAUUUAUCCAAAAGUUUUGCUUUGUUACAUUUUUCUUUUCAAUAAUUCAGUAUUUAAUCUUCUAUGACUGUGUUGGUGUGUUUUGAGUGCAUUUUAACACAGACAGUGUAAUACUGAAUACUAAAUAGAGAGAUGCAAACACUAUCGUGCUGCUUAAAAUUCAUACCCUAUACAGAUGGCUGGAAUUAUGGGAUAGUAUUCUGCAUACAGGUAAAAUAGCAUCACUUAAAAAUACAUGUAAACAACAAAGCACAAUAAGCUGUAUGCAGUAGGCUGUGUCCCCCACAGGUUAACCGUGUUACUUGAAAGUCCUUUUUUUUUCUUUCCUUUUUUUAAAUACCAGAACAGCACCACCCCUGACCAUAGGCUGUGUCUGGUAUUUCAUGUUAACUUCUAUCCAUGUUAACUUCUAACGGGGCUCAGCUGCAAUACCAGACACAAGAUAUGGACAGGAGCAGCGCUGUUUGUACUAAUAAACCCCUUUUAAGUACAGGAAGCCAAUAUGUAGCCAGUGGAUACAUUAAUUUUUGGCUGCAUUGAUAUAUUCAUCCAUCUUAAAAUAUGGCUUCUUGCACGGAUCUUGUGAAUUGGCCCCUUUUUAAUGAAGCUUGACAUGGCUCGAUUAUCAUGCAUUAAGGGCUCUAUGGAAAAUCGGUGGAUCAUUUGUGCUGCCCUAUUCGUCAGCCAAUCGCUGGGCCUAUUACACUGGGCAGUAUCUGCCUGUUCGACCGAUAAGUGCCCUGUGUGAAGAACAGAUAAGGGGAUUCUUGAGCCAACAAAUGUGUAAUUUCAUCACAGUUACCCUCAAAUUACAGCUAUGGUGCUAGGAAGUAUUGAAUUACCUUAAUACUAAAGUCCGUUGAACAGUUUAGGUACUGACUUGACCAACUUAUUUGCUGGUUGCUUGACAUAUUUGUGAAGGUGUUAAUAUUGCAUUGUGAAAGGGGGUAAACAUCCUUGUAUUUAGGUUGGUGGUGAUUGGCAAGUGUUUGUAUUAGGAAUGAAUGGUCUUACUCAAGAGUAUAUUGCGAUGUUCCCUCAAUCCGUGGCCCUCCAGCCAGAGAGUCUUGGGUUGGGAGGACAGUGGUGUAAUAGAAAGAAAUCCAGUCUGAUGAACAUAUUACAUCUGUGAAAGAAACUUUAUAACCCAGAGGAGAUGGCCAAGUUGUGUCAAAGUAACUUAUGGAUAAAAUAACCUAGUUUAUUCACGUAUUGGUUUAUAGAUAUAGCGGACAUGCUUGGCCAUCUUAAUUCUUCUUCAGUGGGGACAACUUGUGGUUCCUCAGCUGCUGUGGAGCUAUGAAAUCCUGUAUUUUUUUUUAUUUUUAUUGAAAGCCGCGGUACGUGCUCUCAAAUCAACCAAGUGCAAGUAAAAAGUACAAGUGUUCACACAAAAAAAGUGCAUGAGUAUGCGGUCCAUCGCAAGCCCUUCUCCAACAGGAGAGAGGCCCUCCAACAAACCAAACCCUUCGCCUCCAGGCCAAAAGGCACCUGCAAGGUUCCAGGUACGAUGUCCCCUUUGGCCGAAUCUACUCAGGGACCGAAAAGUGUUCCUGGUGAACAACUAGGCGUUUACCAAGUUGCCACCGAGGAACCAGUAAAACCGGUUCAGCAUUCCUGCCAAAGCAGGAAUGCCACGGGGCAUAGCAAGGAGGUAUGAAAUCCUGUAUACCAGCGGGAACUAGGAGGCAAUCCAAAAUGUUAAUAGCUCCAUAGUGACUGAAGGGUCAUUGGUUGCUCUAAACCACCCCAUCCUUGGUGUUAUGGAGAGGAGUUCUAUGUCCAGAUGCAGAGACAUUUCUUUUCCUUUUGUUUCUUCAGGGUUCUCUGUUUCAUUUUUAUUUCCAUUUUAUGUGUUUGUAAAGCCUCAGUCUUCAUUUUAUCAGUUAUGUUGAAAUGCCUUAAUGGGCUUUCAUGCUACAUAUGUACAGGAAAUAUUUAUACUCUAUUGUAAAGUUUACUAACUGCUCUUUAAAAAAAAAAGUGUAAAAAAUUAUUCUAUAAUGAAAAGAUGUCAGAAUAAAAAAAAAACAGAACUAAUAAUAAUAAAAAAUAACUUUGGUAACUGAUGCAUUGCUUUUGGGACUGCAAAGGUCUGGUCUUAAUCCACCAAAAUCUUUUUAUUUGUUGGUUUUUUUAAACUUUUUUUUAUUUUGUUUGGUUGUAAAUAAUAAAUAUUGGUUGGCAUUUGUUGCACCUUUUAAGGUAGACAAAUGAACCAUCUCAAAGGUGCAGUGCCACUCGAAAGUCAGAACAUCACCUCAUACAAUUACUUUUUUUGGGUGUUGCAUGGAUUUCCUUCUAGUAUAGUGUUCAAGAGGUCCACCUGAAACUAUUAUGGGUUUACUAGAUCUUCGGUGUCAAUAUAAACAAGCUAUUUUAAUGCAAGUAUUUCCUAAGGGGCACUAAAAUGGUGUCUCUAUUUUGCCUUGGUGAAAGCAGCACAAUAUCUCCUGAUACUCCGUGUUCUACCCAGGUUCUAUGAGGUGUCUAUGUUCAAAGUGACUUAACCCCUUUUAACCUUAGGUUGUAUACUGCACCUUUAAUAAUAUCCACUGAUAUUCAUGGGUUAGCAAUUUUUUUUGGUUUCUGCACAUACAAUGCAAUGAAACAGUGUCUCACAAGUAUGUCUUUUUUUUUUAUUUUUUAUUAACCUAUCUGUUUUCAGUAUGUCUCUUUGGGGUCCACCUUCUCGCUGCUAGUGGGUUCCUCAACUCAUAUAGAAUGUAUUUACGUAAAGGCUGCGCUACAGGUCAUGUUUCCCCAGUCAGUAACCUCCUUAAAAUAAGUUCAUUGUACAGUCCUCUGAGCAGCUUUCCUAAUGCUGCUGGUACUGGAGGGUUCUGCAUCACAUUUGCAUGCAUUAAGUUCUGCAGCUGUUUAAUGUAUUAUGAUUAUUUUUGUAUGUGUCUACAUGCUUUUAUAACUUUUUUUAUUUCAAUAUUUUUUUAAACAAAAUGCAUGAAAAUAAGACACCUGCCACUUCUGAUAACACAAAAUGGGCAUUAAUGUUUUUCUAUCUUUUUAUUUUUUUUUAUUUUUUUUGGUCUUUACCCAAAAACUCAUCUACCUAUGUUUUUUUUUCUGUUUCUCCGCUGUACUAGUCUCUAGCACUGAUUUUAGGUCUAUAGAGGAGGGAAAGUUGUGUAAUCUGUCUCCAUUUAGAAAGAAACCAAAUAUGUUGUGCAAGUGGAGCAGCAGAAAUGACACAUAGGAAAAUUGAGGCUGUAGGGAUAUGUUGGUGGUUUAUGCAGCCAUGGAAAAUAUAGAACAUAAGUCAAAAUAUGCAUCCUUUUUUUUUUACGUUCAUUUACAUGUAGCCUAGUGGAAACCUAUGCUCUGCGUUUGUAUAUAUGGUGCUGCCUUAGCAGUCAAAAAAGUUGAAAAAUUUUACAAUUGAGCCCAGUGCUACAUUACGGUCUCAAGAUACUAUCAUAUCUUUUAUAAAAGCCACUAUAUUUCAGAAUUUUAGACACCAGUUGUCCAUAUACACAGGUAACUCUCUACCGUGCCUUCCUUCCUAGUGGAUGUGUGUGCCUUUUUAAUAAAAUCGGUCUCUUACUUAAAUUUUCCGAAGGUCUCCCAGGAAUAUCAGGGCUCUUUACCCCAUUAAAAGAUGUGAAGAAAAUGCCCCGUCUAUUAGAUGAGGGUAUUCUUGAAUACUUAAUACUAUCCUUUUAACUAUGGGUGCAUAACUCAUUGAAAGGGGGAAAAAAAAUUAAGCCAUAAUAGCGCUGCAUUAAAUGCGGCAUACAAAGCGCUUGAAGUAUAUACAUUUGAAACUAAACUGGAUGUUCUUUAGAAAUCAAUCAUUGUACUGCAGGGCAUCAUUAUCGUCCGCCAUCUUUUUCUCAGCAUAUAUUUAAUGUUGCAUUUUGUAGUAUUUUUGUUUUUCAAGACACUAAGUCAAUUACCACUAAACCAAGGAAAUUUUUAUUUAACCCAGUAUAGUACAGCCUCAUUUUUAUUUUAUUAAAAUUUUUUUGGACACUGUUCUACAUCUGCAAUUCAUAGGCAAUGCCUACUAUGUUCUUAAGGGACUUUGCAAAUGACUCUUACACUAUCUGAUCUACAUAUAAUACGUAAAGCCAUUUUUUUUAAGAGUAGAGUUUUAAUGAAAAGAAAAUACCCUAUACUCUUUUGCCUUACUAACGUUUGCUGCUACCAACAUUGUAAGUUAUUAGGUCCUUAGAGCAUAUGUUGUUUACAAUGUUACACUUGCUUAUAGCUUUUCAAACUCUAUAUUCUACAACUGUUUGGGAGUUUCCAUGUCGGAUCAAAGUAAAUUCAACUGAAUGCUUCGAUCUGAUUGACCCAGCAGGUACAUACUGUUAAAAAAAAGGAAAAAAAAAAGAGGCCUGUACCUUUUUUAAAAAAACAAAAAAAAUAAAAACAAAAAACAACAAAACUACUCACUCCUGAGCGUGCUACCAUUUUGGUUUGGCGAUGAAUCCCGGAUUCGAGGGAUGAUGUUUUUAUCGGCACAGGGGUUUGAUGUGUAAUUCUUAUGUACAGUUUUCUCCGUUACAGUGUUUUUUUGUUUUGUUUUUUUGUUUUUUAUGUUCCUGGAUGUGACUGCUUUGCUUGUUCAUGCAAAAGCUGUGACUUUCCCUCUGCUUGAAAAGCAUUACUUUGAAAAAUGUGCAUUCAAUUUAAUAACAAUGUUUCUGUACUGAAAAAAAAUAUAUAUAAAGGGAAACAUAAACCAACAGCAAUAACAUUAAUAUCUAUUCAGCAGAUUACUCUUGAGCAUAAUAUUCUACUUUUAAAAGUCUAACUAGCCAAUUGUACAAAGAAACUCAAUUUGUAAAUAUUUUUGUUUUAUCCUUUUUCUUUUUACACUGUUGUAUUAUACAUGUAUAUGGUGUUUUUCUUUCUUUUUGUUUUUAUUUUAUUUUUUUUCUCCUUUUUAAAUGCUCUUUAUUACCUGCUAAUUGUCUGGUUUAAUUGGUUGUGUUUAACUAUGAAGAAUCUGUUAGAAAAAAAAUUAUUAUUAUUAUAAUUUUUUGCAAUUUAUACAUGUAGUUCGACCUUUUUAUUUUCCAUCACACUUUGUCCAUAUUUUCAUUGUAAAGUAUUUUUAUUACAAAACUUUUUUUUUUUCAUCUUUUCUCACAUUUUAGAGGGAGUUUUUUGUAUCAGAAAAAAAUUAUCAGAAUUAAAUUUUUUUUAUUUGAUGAAACAAAAAAAUACAUCUGCAUAUGUUAUAGCCAAUGUCAUUUCAACAUAUUUUAUCUUUUUUUUUAUCCUAUGCUGCUGCUAAUGACAAUAUUAAAAACUUACUAUUCUAGAAUUAUUUUUAUGUAAUUAAUGUAUGCUUUCUUGUUUUUAAAUGCCUGAUUAAAAGAAAAAAAGUAAGAAAAAAGCUUAGCAUAUUUAUCUAUUUCGCUGUGUACCGUCAGUUCCUUUUUUCCCCCCCCAGAUUCUUUGCCCUCACACAGUUAAUAUUGUAAAAUAAAGGACUUUAUGAGAUUAUGUAUGAAAAUAGCUAUGCUUAUAUACCACAGUGACUGAAUGUACAGUGUAUAGACGCAUUACCUAAAAUAAAAUGUUUGUCCAGAAAAAAAAAAA